CGAACUGAAGCGUUUUCCUUUGCGGACGUGUGUGAAAGAUAUCCGUAAAUGGGGAGUUGGAGAGACAUUUGAUGUUGUGUCAUACAGAGUACCCCUUACUUAAAAUUGCAUUCGACUUUCUAUUUUUAUGUGAAGUUGGAAUAUAUAUUUCACCAGGUGUAAUCAAUCAUUCUCACCGAGAGAGGGACAGGCAGGAUCAACGGCAGCUGUGCUUGAAGCCCAGCCUGCAAAACGCUAGCUAGCAAGCGCGAGGUUGGUGUGGAAUUACAGAACAGUACUUCACGGGCUUAAUGAUGCCUCGCGACAACAUGACCUCCCUCGUUCAGAAAAUUGGUAGACAGGCGCUUGUAACAUUUAGAAACCCAUCUUUGGUAGGUGAUAAAGCGUUUCUGGAUAAUCAAGGUAAACUCCAAACCCUCAUGACCGAAAUCAGAGCUGCGGAUCUGAAGAUUGCUCCAAGGAAAGUUGACUGCGCGUCUACACCUCUGCCACACAACCCCCCGGUCACAUACAUGCACAUAUGCGAGACAGACCAAUUCAGCAUGGGGGUGUUUCUGCUGAAGAGCGGUGCCUCCAUCCCCUUGCACGACCACCCGGGAAUGUACGGCAUGUUAAAAGUUAUGUAUGGCAAGGUCAGGAUCACCUGUUUUGACAGGUUGGACAAAUCAACUAACGUGGCCAGUGACACGCAAUUCAAGCCUCCCCUGCUACCUUUCCAGAGAGAUACGCUGAGGAGGUCAAUACUCCGGUCGGUCGGUGAGUUUACAGAAGAGAGUGGCCCGUGUAUUUUGACCCCUGACCGAGACAACCUUCAUCAAAUCGACGCAGUCGAUGGACCCACUGCUUUCCUCGAUAUUCUGGCACCACCAUAUGAUCCAGAUGACGGUAGAGACUGUCAUUAUUACAAAGUUCUGGAGUCUGCCUCGGACUCGGAGGACAAAAAGGCUGAGGCUCAGGGGCAAAAGGAAGUUUGGCUCAUGGAAGUACUGCAACCUUCUGAUUUUUGGUGUGGUGGUGAACCUUACCCCGGCCCUGAAGUCAAUAUCUGAAGCGCACUAUGAACGCUGAAUUGAUGUGAACCAUUGAUUCUCAGGGCUGUGUCACAACAUGGUUUAAAUGUAUGAUGGUCAUAAUUCCUACAAUGAUGGAUUAUUAUGGAAUGGAUAUGUCACUGUGGUGUGUAAUGGGAAAACAUGUUGUGUGAACUAAAAGCACUUAUACUAAAGUUGGACAAAUGCUCACAAUCGUCUCUUCAGUUUGGGGGUUGGCCAGUCACAAUGCAUUUAGCCUGUAAUGAAAGUAGUUACUCAGUUGAUAAAUUGUGAUCUUUGUACAUCAUCUCUAAUGUAUUUGAAAUUACACCAAGUUUAUCAUGUCUUGAAAUUAACUGAAACCAUACAUUAAACAUAACAUUUCUAAGAAGAACAAUAUUGAGGGACUCAAGAAUUCACUAAAUGGGGUAUGCUGUAAUACACAAUUAAUUGGUAUAUACAACCUGAAACUAAUGCCUGAAGAAUCGUGUAAAUGUUCCUUACAAGCCAGAAUGUUGAAUCAAAUAACAUUUACAAUUACUCUACCAGUUGUCUGUGGUUUAUUCUUUGGCUGCUCUAAAUUUGAAACCAAAUAUCCGAAGGAUUUUUAUUUUUUAUUUUUACCCAACUUGUUAAAGAGCUGGAAGGUAUAUUGUUCAGUUCCGGGCACUGAGAUAUAAAUAGUUUAUAUUGAAUUUUACAUUUGAUUUAGUCAAUAGCUGUUGAACCAUGCCAUGAAAAUGAACAUUAUAUUCUGAAUCAGGAGGA